AAUUGUUAGCAUUAGGAUUUCUCCAAUUACUGUAACACAUUUUAGUUGUGCGGAAAUGAUGAAGAGGACAAACAGCUAUAAGGGUUAUUCUCUGCUUUUCAUUAGCUUUAUGCUUUGUUUAGCUGUAAGUUCCCAACUAACGGCUGAUUUCUAUUCAAAAACAUGUCCAACUCUUCUUUCAGUAGUCCGGACACAAGUUCAGAGUGCUAUCAAGACUGAAACGCGAAUGGCAGCCUCUCUGCUCCGACUUCAUUUCCAUGAUUGCUUCGUGAACGGUUGUGAUGCAUCGAUUUUGUUGGAUGGGGACAAUAGUACUGAGAAGUUUGCUCUUGCUAAUAUCAACUCAGCAAGAGGAUUUGAAGUUGUGGAUGCAAUAAAAAGCGCUGCGGAGAGCACAUGCACUGGAGUUGUAUCAUGUGCUGAUAUACUAGCCAUUGCUGCUCGAGAUUCUGUUGUCCUAAGUGGAGGACCAACAUGGAAACUUUUAUUAGGAAGGAGAGAUGGACUGAUUUCAAACGCGACACAAGCAAAUGCUGCACUUCCUUCUCCAUUUGAGGCACUGGAUGCAAUCAUUCAAAAGUUUGUCAAUGUUGGCCUAGACAUCACUGAUGUAGUUUCUUUAUCAGGUGGCCAUACAAUUGGAUUAGCGAAGUGUUCUACCUUCAAUAACAGAUUAUUCAACUUCUCAGGAACUGGUGCUCCAGAUGCUACAAUGGAAGCAAGCAUGUUGUCUGAUCUGCAAAGCUUUUGUCCCAUUAACGGUGAUGUAAACAAGAAUACUGUUCUUGAUAGGAACUCAACCGAUCUAUUUGAUAACCAUUAUUUCAAGAACUUGCUCAAUGGGAAGGGUUUACUGGGUUCUGAUCAAAUUUUAUAUUCUAGUGAUUUGGCCAUUUCCAGAACUAAAAGCCUGGUUGACAGCUACAGCAGCAAUUCACAGCUUUUCUUCAAUGACUUUGCAAAUUCCAUGAUCAAGAUGGGGAAUAUAAGUCCACUUACAGGGUCUAAAGGAGAGAUUAGGAAGAAUUGCAGGGCUGUAAAUUCAUAGUUUACAAAUGUAACUGAAACAUGACUUGAUAACAUUAAAAAAAAACCUGUAGCCAAAUUUUCUGUUCUAAGUGAUGGGAGAUUUGAGGAAGUAAUGUGAGACAUAAAUUGCUCUAUACAUAA